AUGCCUGGGUCCACCGCACUGCCCUGGGCGUUUGGUACAUGGUUGAAAUGUCAGGGCAGGGAGGCAUUAGUGCUCAGGAGGAAACCCUGGGAAGAGGUAUGCCAGAAGAAUAGCAAUAAUAGCCUAGACAGUGUCAUUCAGGUAUGGGACUGUUACACAGAUGCGAAAGGACAGAGUGCAAGUAGAGGCAGAAGAGAGGCAUCCAAACGGGGAAGAAAGCAACGGCAGACCCAGACACGGAAACGCCAGUGUGCUUCAGCAGGACGCCGUGCUUUCCUUCAUCUGAAGGCUUUGUCUUCUCUUUCAAAUGAUGAAGAGGACUAUACAGCCAUAAAAUGGAUGGCCGCGGGGAGCCAAGGAGAGGGGCUACAGGUAUCUGGAGAGACUGUGACCGUGGCGACAGAGGGGCCUUACUUCAUCUACAGCCAGGUACUCUACAAGAGCACCACAUGGGUCAUGGGUCACGUGAUCACUAAACGCCUCAACGGCACCGACACAAAAAUUCUGAAGUGUGUAAAGAACAUGCCUGACAAUAUAAGCACGGCCCUCAAUAGUUGCUACACUGCUGGGACUUUCUUCUUGGAAUCUGGAACCGUCCUUGAGCUCUCUGUCCCACGAAAGUCAGCCAAACUUGUCCUGUCUCCAGACGCAACGUUUUUUGGCAUUUUCAGCCUCUGACAGUAGAGCAUGGCUUAACACUCACAGGCUCAUAUUACUGUAACACCACUGUUACUCAUGUGUACUUUAUUCUGCUGCUCUAUCUGUCAUUCAUCUCACUGAGAUCUCAGGGCAUCUGAAUAUACUUUUGGGUUUGUAAUUAUCUAAUUCUUGCGAUGAAAUAACGCUGCAUGUCCCCUUCGGAUUCAAAAGUGAACAUGCUUCCUUAUAUUUAGUGUUACGUUAUUAUAUCUGUAAAGUUUAGCAAAGCUUGUUAUUGCCUAGGGACCAAACAGUGGUGCAAGUUUGGCACUAGAUUUAGUUGGGUGUUUGUCUUACUGAAUGGCAUGGUAACUGUUUCUGCUAUUCUGCAUGAUAUCAGGAUUCAGGCAACUGUCUUGAGUAAUGUUUCCGAUCACAUGACUUGUUCAUAACGUUCUGAUUGGGUGCUUGUGAAAAGUUGACUCCCAGAUAAAAACAGAAAGAAUUUACUACAUGGUUCCGCAUCAUUAACUGUAGAGGUUGCCCAGUAUAUCACCAUCUUAAGGCCCAGUAUCAAAAGAACUUGAGGUUAAAUUUCAACAGGGGAAGUAACAUUUCUCAACAGGGGAAAUUUUCAGCCCAAAGUAGAGUAUAUAUUUUUUAACAUUGUGACAUAGUGGGACAUCCAAGGAAAUUGGUAUCCCUUUCAUGAUGACCCUUUCUCUGUCAGGCCACAGUGUCUUACUCCCCCUCUGCCCACUUCCUCUGGGAUAAGCACAAACGUUCUUUAAUUUAAUGGUUUAUGCUAUAGCAGUGUUCCAUGGCAGGUGGCACUGUGGAGCUUUUUAUGCUUUCCCAUGCAAUGGCGAGUAGCCUGACAAUUACUCAUUUUCCUGUUGAACUGAACUGUCAGCCAACACUGAGAGAACAGUGGUCUGCAGAGGCCUCUAAUUUACACUGUUUAUUGUCUUCAGCCAUUAUCGGAGUUUCAAGUGUAUUUCAACGAAGGGCUAAAGGUAACUAAAUGCUAAAAUAGUGGACAUUUUUCAAAUAACCAGUAUGUGGACUUACUCUGUGAAAUAUUAGAGAACUAAUUUUUCAGGCAUGUUUUAGCCUAUUACAUAAACCGUAUAGUCUGCAUGAAUGCUCAACAGUCUAAUAAAACGCCUGGUUCUGUUCUA